AUGACAGCACACUCUGAUUGUCGGCCAGCACGGGUCCUUGCUCCAUUCCCAUCUGAUCCCUUGUUCAAACCGUCUCCGCCUGUCCCCCGAAGAACAAAACAAUCAAAUGCAUGCAUAGCAUGUAAGGAGCGGAAAACUAAACCAUGUGAUAAAUGUAUUUCGUCCGGCCGCAACUGCGUGUUUGUAGUCGGGCGCGAUAGACGCAAAAAAUGUGCACAGAGACGUGCAGAGCAAGAGCUUCAAACAGUACUGCGAAUGUUAGACAAUAUCAUUGAAGCAUUCAAUGCAGGAGAUAAGACACAACUCGACUGUCUACUUUUCGCUGCGAGGGAAUAUCACUCAGGGCGAGCAGUUCAAGAUGACAUUAUUACAGACACUGAGCAGGUCUCAGAAACACAAAUUGUUGAUAGCCGGAAGCAAACCUUCAAGGAAGGUGUAGAUGAUCUUGCCAGGGAUGGACUCAUGUCUCUUAGACUCCAAAAAUAUGUUUCUAGGAGCGCCACUCCUAUUCCUACGGCAUCGUCCUCCAUAUCUGUCGAGUUCCUUGACGAGGUUGAUACUUUGACAGAAGAUCCCAACCGCGACGAUGCCAGCAGGGCAAUAGGCUAUAUUGGCAAGGCAUCCGAGAUUGCAUGGUUGCAAAAACUGUGUACUGAAGUCAACAAGUUGAAUGCAGAUAGGGAUCAACACCGUUUAUCACAUAUUGAGGAUUCUAUCACAUCGAUGAAUUAUCAUCUUGAUCAUAUGCGAAUACCCGAAACCGUUUCCCCCGAACCAAGAUCACUGCCGCCUAAACAGUGGGCGGCUCACCUGCUGAGCUUUUUUUUCAAAUCAGUCUCACCUUCGUUUCCACUUAUCAAUAAAUCAUUAUUUAAUUUUCAGUUUGAUCAGGCUUUCACGUAUUCUAGAACACAGCCUUCGCGAAAAUGGCUUGCUGUUUUUAAUUUGGUACUCGCCGUGGGCUUCAGAUGCUACAGACUAUCAGAACCAGUCUCUGGGGGAGAUACUGAUGAUAACGUCUUCCUAUCGCGAGCAAUAGCUCUAAGCACUACUCCGGGCACGACUUCCGAAUAUAUGGGCUUAUACCAGGUCCAGAUUGACCUACUGCUAGCAAUUUAUUAUCUGUCCUCUGGUCAAGUAAACCAGUCAUGGCAGGCAAAUGGCCGUGCUGCGCGCUUGGCAAUCUCUAUGGGGCUUAAUCUCCGCGCAGAUGGUAACCAGAUUGACCCGGUGUCCAAGGAGACGCGUGUUCGGAUCUGGUGGUCAAUUUUCGCUCUGGAGCAUGUGCUCUCCAGCAUGACUGGCCGUACACCGUGUGUUAACUACCAAUCCAUGUCUGUGUAUUUACCAUUGCCAUAUGACGAAGCCCAAUUCCAGCUGCCGGAAGUGGAGGAACUGUUAAAAAAUGCCGCUUCGCGCGAAAGGAGACUUCGGUGGACUAUACACGCAAGUAACACAGAACUAAAUGCAAGAGACCAGUGGCUUAGGACCAUUGGUUCCAGUCAGUCUCUAUACUUCUUUCAUCUCGUGGACCUUUCUGUCAUCAUGCAUGCUGCCACCAACGUUGUUUACAGGGUAACUGCCACCACGGACAGAUUUCGAAGCAAAAUCCCAUUUUACCGAGGAAAGCUACAAUCAUGGCUGUCUAGCCUUCAACCAGCGUUUGCGUUUACCACUUACAAUGAUGAUGACGCGAGAAAGAACGUGGCGUGCGACUGCCGAGAACAAGUUGGUCUUGCCAUAGCCUACUACAGCUCUCAGAUUAUAUUAAACCGUCCGUGUCUUACCCAUCCUGAUUUCAAAAAUGGGACAAAUAUCAGGAUUCCUCGCACCCGUUUUGAGGAAGAUACAGCAAAAUCCUGUGUUCACUUUGCUCUUGCUCUUCUUUCGGUUCUCCCUGACAAACCAGAUAUAAAAUGGAUCUCAAAUAUGGUGCCCUGGUGGAUUUUAUUACAUUCGAUAAUGCGAGCGUUGACAGUCCUGCUUAUUCAGCUUUCCAUCAGCCUGGUUCCAGUCAUGACCACAUACGGGGAGCAAAAACGGGAGGAAAACGAGGGAGAAGGGAUCGAGGCAGUUCGUGACGCGUCGAAGAAAGCCCUUCUCUGGCUACACAGUAUGGCAAGUCAAGACUCUAGCUCGAAGCGCGCAUUCCAUAUUUGCCAGAGACUUUUUUAUCUUGUUGCACCGGCUAAGGCAUUGGAUUCAAAAGACGCGCCUUCUGCUGUAUUGUUAGCAGGAGAAGAAGCCUCCUCCGGACUUCAAAGGUUAGACAGUUUCGGUCCUGGAUCCAUGAAGCUGCAGGAGGACGUUGUGAACUGGGGUCCGGACUAUACGGCUUCCGAGAGCGUGGAUGAGCAGCAGCAAGUUCCUCUUUCCUUGGAUCCAGUCUUACUCUCAUUUGACAGUUACGAGUUCUAG